AUGGAGAGGAAUCUUAAGGACGACCAUCAGCAAACCCAGGCGCCCCAGGAACCGCUCAGUUAUAACAGCACCCAGGACUACUCCAAUUUCAAACAGACACAGCCAGUGAUAUUUGCUCAGCGUCAGAUUCAUUCUUACAAUUUAAUUGGAUUUCCAGCUCCUCCUAAUGUUUUGGGUGCCGUUCCAUCUAUGGCUACUUGCCCAAGUUGCGGAGUUCGUAGGGAAACGAAGAUCGAAUUCGAGCCAAAUACCAAAACUCAUUUGCUGGCCUUUCUUAUCUGCUUGCUGGGGGGUAUUUUAUGCUGCUGCUGCAUUCCCUACUGCAGCGACUCAUGCCAGUCGGCAAAACACACCUGCAGUAACUGUGGGGCCUAUGUGGGAACAUACAAAAACUAG